ACAGUGAGGAACUUACACUUUUGUUGUUCACAUGUCAAGCAUCACCAGCAAAUACUCUCUUCCAACACAACGAUCAUGUCUGAAUUCAGAUUACCUAAAACAUUGAAGCCAAUCAACUACAAUUUGAAGCUUAAAUCAGAUUUAGUUGAUAGCAAAUACGACGGUGCAGUCGAUAUCUCCUUCAGCGUAUACCAAUCAACAAACGCCAUCUCUUUACACUCACAUAAGAACAUCGAGAUUGAGAAGCUGAGCUUGAAAACUGGUACACUUAAGCAGGAGCAGGCUAUCACCCCAGAUUACACCUUUGACGAAAAGUUAGAGCGUAUCAACGUCGCCCUCCCAUUUAGCUUGAACCCAGGUGAUGACGUUGAACUGUCAAUUGCGUUCAAGUCCUCAUUGGACGAUUCUAUGAUGGGAUACUACAGAUCCUCAUACAAAGACAAUGGAAAGGACGUCCAUUACGCCCUCACUCAACAUGAGCCAACCGCCGCUCGCAAGUCAUUCCCAUGUCUCGAUGAACCAAUUUUGAAGGCAACUUACGACAUUUCUAUCAUUCACAGAAAAGACACCGUUGCACUUUCAAACAUGCCACCUGUCCAUUCAGCUCCAGCAAACGCGGACACUUUCGCUUACUCAAAGCAUCAAGGUACCAUCAACCCAGAAGAAUGGGUUAUUACCAAGUUUGAUAAAACCCCACUCAUCAGUUCCUACCUCGUCGCAUGGGCGAACGGUCACUUUAAGCACUUAGAAACAUCAUACACCUCACCAAUCUCUGGAAAGGUCAGACCAUUGAGAAUCUACGCAACCCCAGACCUCAUCCAACAAGCCAAGCUUGGUUUGGAGGCAAAGGCUCAAGUUUUGCCACUCUACGAAAAGAUCUUCGACAUUGAAUACCCAUUGCCAAAGUUGGACACUUUAGUUGCAAACGAUUUCGAUGCAGGUGCUAUGGAGAAUUGGGGUUUGAUCACAGGUAGAACCUCAGUUUACUUGUACGAUGAGAAACUCUCCGGUUUGGACGCUGAGAAGAGAGUCGUUGGUGUACAAUCACACGAAGUUUCACAUCAAUGGUUUGGUAACGUCGUUACAAUGGCUGAUUGGCACGGUUUGUGGUUGAACGAAGCGUUUGCUACAUUGGUCGGUGAAAUUAUUGUCAUUGACAGAAUCAGACCUGAGUGGAAGGUCUACAGUGAAUUUAUCACCCAACAUCUCCACAGAGCACUUGAUUUGGAUGCUCUCAAGUCAUCCCAUCCAAUUCAAGUUCCAGUCAAGGACCCUGCAAUGAUUAACCAAAUUUUCGACGCUAUUUCAUACUCAAAGGGUGGUUCUGUCUUGCGCAUGCUUUCAAACAUGGUCGGCGAAGAAACAUUCUUGAAGGGUGUCUCUAUCUACCUCAAGAAACAUCUUUAUGGUAACGCUGAAACUGUUGAUCUCUGGAAUGGUAUUGCAGAGGCAGCUGGCAUUGACGUUCAAGCAAUUAUGGACCCAUGGACUCUUAAGCAAGGUUUCCCAGUUCUCACUGUUUCUGAAAGUGACAAGGGUAUCAAAGUCCGUCAAGAUAGAUUCUUGAGCACUGGUAAACCAACUGCAGAAGAAAAUGAAACUGAAUGGCACGUUCCACUUUUCAUUCGUGAAGGUGACAAAGUUGACAGAAGCGUCGCAUUGAACAAGCGUGAAGCUGAAUUCCCAUUAUCUGACGUAUCAAACUCCAACUGGAAACUCAACGCAGAGACUGCAGGUGUCUACAGAGUUUUAUACUCACCAGAACGUCUCACUAAGCUUGGUGUUGAAGCAUCCAAGUCUAACUCUGCAUUCUCACUUAACGACAGAAUUGGAUUGGUUAACGAUGCCUUUGUUCUCGCAAAGGCUGGUAACGGACCAACCUCAGGUGCAUUAGGAUUCAUUAACCAACUCAAGGAUGAAAAGGAAUACCUCGUAUGGUCAGCUAUCGGUACCAGCUUGGCUAACCUUUCAAGCGUAUGGGCAGAAGAAAGCUCAUCAGUCAGAGAAAAGAUUGAUGCUCUCAGACGUAAACUUUUCUCACCAUUGGUAGAACAACUUGGCUUUGAUAACAAGGAGGGUGAUUCACCAGACGUUCUCCAAUUGAGAGAAUUGGCAAUCGCAUCAGCAAGUGCAGCCAAUGAUGAAAAUGUCAUUAAGGAAAUCAAGAGACGUUUCGCACCAUUCUUGGAAAAGAACGAUGAUUCACUCAUUCCAAAUGACCUUCUUAGAGUUAUCUACGCUCAAUCAGUCAAGCAUGGUGGUGCUGUUGAAUGGGAGAAGUGUUUGGAAAUCGUUAAGAAUCCAAACCCACCAACACCAAUGCACAAGAUUGCUGCCAUGUUAGCAUUGGGAUCCACAAAAGACGAAAAGCUAAUUGAAAAGACAUUUGACUUUAUUGAACAUGGUUUCAAGAACCAAGACUUGAUGUACCCAUUCGUUGCACUCCGUAACAACCCAAUCUCACGUCGCAAGUUAUGGGAAUACACCAAGGCCAACCUCGGCAAGUUCGAGAAGAGACUUGAGGGUAACUUCUCCCUUGGUAGAUUGAUCAGCUUCUCAUUCGAUGGACUGGCACAACCAAAUGAUGCCAAGGAAGUUGAAGAAUUCUUCAAGGACAAGGACACCAGCAAGUACUCAUCCUCACUCAACCAAGGUCUCGACGCUGUGAAGGGUAACGCCCAAUGGUUGGCAAGAGACAAAGCUGAUGUUGAACAAUGGUUAGAAAAGAACAUCUAAACUAAUAAACUGAUAUAUACUGAUAUAUGUAAAUUCUUGAUUUAAUGCAUCUCUUU